AAGCUCUACCGUUUCUACCGAAUUUGCAUCCCCCCUCCGCCCACGUGGUAAUACCCCAUAUUGGAGCGAGGACUAAAACAUGUGGGCGUUGAAGAAGAAGACAGCCUUCGAGUGCCACGAAAUUUGGGAGACCGUCAACCCCAGUGCAAACGUCACCUACCCGCGGACCGAGCAGGAGCUCGUCGCGGCCGUGGCGGCCGCGAAACGGAAGGUGAAAGUGGCCACCAAGCACUCACACAGCGUCCCCAAGCUCGCGUGCCCCGGCGGCCGCGACGGCACGAUCAUAAGCACCGCGUGGCUCAACCGGACGGUGCGUGUCGACGCCGAGAAGCGGCUCAUGACGGUGGAGAGCGGCAUGCUACUUCGGGACCUCAUCGAGUCCGCCACCGCCGCGGGCCUGUCCCUGCCGCAUUCACCGUACUGGUACGGCCUGACCAUCGGUGGGCUCCUCGCGACGGGCGCGCACGGGAGCUCGUUGUGGGGCAAGGGAGGUGUUGUUCACGAGUACGUGGUCGGGCUGAGGAUCGUGACGCCGGCGCCGGCCAGCCAGGGGUUCGCCAUGGUGAGGGAGCUUGGCGCCCAUCACCCGGACCUGGACGCCGCCAAGGUCUCCAUUGGCGUCCUGGGCGUCAUCUCUCAGGUGGCCACGUGGGGCCGCCUCCACGAGUUCGCCGACAUGUUAUGGCUGCCGCAGCAGGGCAAGGUCAUCUACCGCCGGGACGACCGCGUCGACGUCUCUGUUGGACAACGUAGUAUUUCAAAAAAGUUGCCUACGAUCACGCAAGAUCUAUCUAGGAGAAGCAUAGCAACAAACGGGGAGAGUGUGUCCACGUACCCUCGUAGAUUGAAAACGGAAACGUUAUAUCAACGCGGUUGA